AUGGGAAAUGUUCUUUCCGCAGCUCCCCAAAGGCCUCUGUUGACUACAGCUGCAAUCGACUUUGCCAUCCAGUGGGCUCUGUGGUCUGUCGCAGCCUUUUUUAAAACGGAGAAAUUCUUCGAUUUAGCUGGUUCUUCCACGUUCCUAUUUCUCACUGCGCUCACACUUCGAUGGCGGCAGAAAAACUCUCAAGUCUACCUGCGUCAGCUGAUUCAGUCUGGCUGCGUAAGCAUUUGGGCACUUCGCUUAGGAACGUUUUUAUUCCGUAGAGUUCUCCACGAAGGAAGCGACAGUCGCUUCAACAAAGUUCGAGGGAGUCCAGGACUCUUUUGGAUUUACUGGAGUGUGCAAGGCGUUUGGGUAUGGUCGACUCUGCUGCCAACCUUGAUAUUGAAUACCUCUGACAAAGAUGAGGCGCUAACCUGGAGGGAUAAUCUUGGAUGGUUACUUUGGCUGACUGGAUUUGUAUUGGAGGCAGUUUCUGACUAUCAGAAGUCACAGUUCCGUGCAGACCCAGCAAACAAAGGAAAAUGGAUUUCAUCUGGUUUGUGGAGCUUGUGCCGACAUCCAAACUACCUCGGAGAGAUCCUGAUGUGGUCUGGUUUGUUUCUUCCGGCUUCAUCAGUGAUGUCCGGUCACCAGUACUGGAGCAUAAUCUCUCCUAUGUUAGUCAUAUAUCUUCUGACCAGAGUUAGUGGAAUCCCUAUUUUGGAGAAGCAAGGAUUAAAAAGAUGGGGUCAUUUGGCAGAAUACAAGAAAUACAGACAAAACACAGCUUCCCUAGUACCAUACAUUUGGUAA